CUGAGGAGCUGUGUGGAGAUACGCUAAGUGGAAGCGAUCUAUCAAGAUACGGCAAACAUGAAGCUCACAUUGUUAGUGUCUGCACUCUUCUUAUCAGCUGUUCUAGGAGUAUCAGCUGACACCAAGAAAACAGCAGCCGCGAGACCAGAAUCCUCCAACUCACCCUCGUCUGGAGUAUCUUCAGCUGGAGGUGACCGAAAAGGACGGUUUUUCUUCCUCAACAACCUCCUAGCCGGCGGAACGGCCAUAGCUAAAGCCGUCCUUGGAACGGAAGAAGAAGAGAAACAGAGUGUCGUUGCUGUACCAGUGGCUCCUCCACCACGGCCGAUUAUAAUCCUGAAAUUGAAGGAGAGAGUGCAAAGUUAUCCGACAGUUCCAGUGCAGCCUGUGCAGCCUGUGCAGCCAGUUUACCCGCGUCCUGCUCCUGCGUAUCCUCCUCCUCCCAAGUACCCUCCUCCUCCUCCUCCUCCUGCAUAUCCUAAGCCUCAUCCUAAACCCGAUCCUACUCCUCCUCCCCCUCCUGCACAGCCCUGUCCCAUGCCCAUGUUCACCUCCGGUUGUCCCGCAGGUCACGUAUGCGCUGUGGCAAGUCCUGGAAAGCAUCAAUGCGUUCCUCAACAUGCCGACGGUGGCAACUGCAUGACAAGUUUUCAGUGUAUGUCUGGCAAGUGCCGGGGAAGCCGUUGUGUCACUGAUGAGUGCAGAAGCCCAGGAAUGCAGUCAAGUUGCCCCAAAGGACAGGAGUGUGUGGCCACAAGCAGUGGGAACAUUUGCAUGAAAAAGGGUACGGUGGAUGAAUGCCCAACGACGAUGUCCAUGAAGGGUUGUGGAGAGAUGGAGUACUGUACUGGAGGUUCGAACGGCAAAGUAUGCACCAACAAACGAGGAGUCAACCAAGCGUGCGAACACAGCGUUCAGUGUAUCUCCGGAUCCUGUAGGCACAGCAAGUGUCGGAACGACGCCUGUCCCAUGAUCGACACGUCCAUCGACUGCAUGCCCACGCAGUACUGUACGUCCAGCCCCCAGGGCCACAUGUGCGUGUCCAAGAAGGAGAACGGCGCCCGCUGUGCGGUCUCCACGCACUGCCAAUCGGGGGUCUGUGAGCAUGGAGCAUGCGUACAAGACGACUGCUGGAAGCCUUUUACACAGGACCGCUGUCAGACCAGCCACUACUGCAGUCCGGGCACCAAGGGUCACACGUGUGAGAUGAAGCGCAUGCUGGGCGCCUCGUGUCGUUUCGACGUCCAGUGCAAGUCCCACAUGUGCCGCCAUCGGAUGUGCAUGACGGACAAGUGCAGCGUGCCGCUCUCCACCGACCGCUGCGACGUCACCACCGAGUUCUGCCAGGCGGGACCCACGGGCAACAUGUGCGUCACCAAGCUGAUGGACAUGACGUCCUGCAAGGUCAACGUCCAAUGCAUGUCGGGUCGCUGCGAGAACGGCAUGUGCAUGCCCAAGACGCCCGGUAAGAAGCCGAUAGGAGCGGCGUGUAUGAUGCACACAGAAUGCGAGACGAUGUGGUGUGUGGUGGGCAAGUGUUCGGUGACCCAACACUCUGUGGGUGGCCGGUGCCUGGUCAACAGUGACUGCCAGUCCAACAUCUGUGGACCCAUGAUGACGUGUGAGGCACUGACGACGACUACGCCAAUGACAACGACGCCAACAACGCCAACAACGACGACAACGCCGACGACGGCUGCCCCAGUGGCAGGAUAAGGCGAGUUGAAGAGAAGAAGAUAAGUGGAGGGCUCAAAACCGCUCAAAGCUCGUGAAGAUUGUCCUAUACGGUAGCCGUAACGUAGUUCGUGUCUCGUGGAUUCAUGCUUCAAAAUAGAAAGACAAGUAGUGAAGAGUGUCAGCCUCAGUAGCGACCACUCAUCCUAUCUUAGGCCAUGUUGCUGCAUGUCAUGUCCUUGUUCAAGGUUUGUUGCUUGCUGUUCGUCCACUGCUUAUCUUAUUGUUGUCUCAUGCUGCUGGUGUCGUUUGUUUGCAAUGUUCAUCUAUAAUGCUAGCUUGAACUUGAUCGCUCAAUUUGCCUUAGAGGUGAUUUCAGGAAUUAGGGAUGAAGGUUAAGAAAAAAUCCAAAUACCUCUAGAUAUUUCAAUAAGGCUUAUAUGAUGCCAAAGUUAUCAUUAAUGAGCAUGCCAAUCUGUGCUUACCAUUCACAUUCCAUAUUGUCCGCGUGUUUCUCAACCAGUUACCUAUUCGUCGCAUGAUUAUUGUGUGUCGUCUUGUUAUAAGUGUCGCUCUUUGUUGCUUAUAAAUGUUUGAUGCUGCUUAUCAAUAAAAAGG